CUGUCCUGUGUCACCGUUGCUCCUCUUCAUCCCUCGCUACCUCACAGUUUUUUUUUUACAAUGGACGACAGGUAUUACGCGGUGGCCGCUGGCUAUACCGUUGGCGUUUAUGAGGACUACGAAUCAGCACGGUAUCAAACUGACGGUUAUUCUAACAACGACAUGCGUGUCUUCUACUCGCUGGAGGACGCCGAAGACUACAUUGACUUGGGCUCAAAGCGCUUCUUCAACCGGUACCGCUGGUAUGUAUCACGCGGGCGUGGACCCUCACAAAUCCUCCACGUCUACACUGACGGCAUCUGCAAGGGCAACGGACAGCCGGGCGCAGUGGGCGGAGUGGGUGUAUAUUUCGGCUGCAACGACCCAAACAACCUGUCCGAAGUACUGGCGGAUGGCCGACAGACAAACUUGCGUGCCGAUUUGACAGGCGUUCUGCGGGCUCUGCAGAUUGUGCAUUCUGGGAUCCGUCGGUACGACACGAAUAUCGAUUACCAGGUGGUAGUCUAUACUAAGUCGAAAUAUGUUUUACACUGCUUGUUCGAAGGGUACGACAAAUGGGUGCAGAACGGGUGGACAACGAGCCGUGGGUAUGAUGUGCAGAAUCGUGAUCUGAUCCAGCGGCUUGUCCACGAAUUCCGCAACUCCAAACUGCGUAUAUCUGUUGAGCAUGACUCAGUCGAGAGUGGAAACCUGUGCUCGGGAGCGGCAAACGACCUGGCAAAUGAGGCAGUGGAGGAAUACUAUGAAGAGUACGAGUGGGAUGACGAUGACGAUGACGACGACUAUGAUGACUACUAUGAGUCUGAUGAAUACUACGACUCCGAGGAUGACGAUUACCUAGCAUACUUGGAAGCCGCCAGACUGCUCGAGAUGCUGCGUAUAAAUGACUAGAUCCUUAGCCAUAAGAAUGCAAUGCCAAUCAGUGACAAAAAUUCCUCAAUAACUUUUGCAGUGACUCAAACAG